AUGAUGCUCUCAACCCCCGUGCGUCUCACGUCUCGUAUCCUUUCUCAGUUAAAAGUUUCUCGGGGUCUAGGUUUUGCUCCGGCACCGUUGUAUGAGGAUUCCAAAAACGAUUCCUUAGGGUUCCCAACCAACAAUGAUCUUCUCCACAGGAGUAGUAAUGGCAUUAAUGUAUUUCACCUCCUCGAGGGCAAUGGUGUUACCGAUUUAAGACGUCUUUACAACAUGCUUCUCAAGGAAUGUACAGUCUCCAAGCAAGUUUCUCAGGGAAGGAUCGUUCACGCCUACGUUGCUAAGUCUCUGUUCCGAUGUGAGGUUGUUAUGAACAACACGCUGCUCAACAUGUAUGCUAAAUGCGGAAGCUUGGAAGAGGCUCGCAAGGUGUUCGACGAAAUGCCUGAAAGAGAUUUUGUCACUUGGACCACCUUGAUUUCUGGUUACUCACAGCAUGAGCGACCCAUUGAUGCGAUUCUCUUGUUUCAUCAGAUGCUUAGAGAUGGGUUUAUUCCUAAUGAGUUCACUUUGUCCAGCGUGGUUAAAGCUGCUGCAGCAGCUGAGCCUGGGGGUUGUUGUGGUCAGCAACUUCACGGGUUCUGUCUUAAGUGCGGGUUUGAUUUGAAUGUUCACGUUGGCAGCUCUCUUCUUGACAUGUACACUCGUUAUGGUCUUAUGGAUGAUGCACAGGUGGUGUUUGAUGAGCUUGAGAGUAGGAAUGAUGUUUCUUGGAAUGUUUUGAUCGCUGGGCAUGCGAGGAGAUGUGGUACUGAGAAGGCUCUUGAGCUUUUUCAACGGAUGCUUAGAGAAGGUUUCAGACCUUCCCAUUUCUCAUACUCUAGCAUCUUUGGCGCUUGUUCCAGUACAGGGUUCUUGGAGCAAGGGAAAUGGGUUCAUGCGUAUAUGAUAAAAUCGGGUGAAAAGCUUGUGGCUUUCGCUGGAAACACUCUUAUUGACAUGUAUGCGAAGUCAGGAAGCAUUCAUGACGCGAGAAAGAUAUUUGAUAGGUUGGCUAAAAGAGAUGUGGUGUCUUGGAACUCGCUCCUAACUGCUUAUGCUCAACAUGGACUUGGAAGAGAAGCAGUGUUUUUGUUUGAAGAAAUGAGAAGGGAUGGGAGUACUCCCAAUGAAAUCUCGUUUCUCUCUGUUCUUACAGCUUGUAGCCAUUCUGGUCUUUUAGAUGAAGGGUGGCAUUACUUUGAAUUGAUGAAGAAAGAUGGGAUAGUACCCAAGGCUUGGCACUACGUCACGAUUGUUGAUCUUCUUGGGCGUUCCGGUGAUCUUGACAGGGCACUGAGAUUUAUCAGAGAGAUGCCAAUAGAACCCACUGCAGCCAUCUGGAAAGCUCUGCUUAAUGCUUGUAGGAUGCACAAGAAUGUGGACUUGGGAGCCUAUGCAGCCGAGCAUGUGUUUGAACUUGACCCUGAUGACCCUGGUCCCCAUGUAAUACUAUAUAACAUCUAUGCAUCAGGUGGCAGAUGGAACGAUGCUGCAAGAGUGAGAAAGAAGAUGAAGGAAAGUGGAGUGAAGAAAGAACCUGCGUGUAGUUGGGUAGAGAUUGAGAACGCAAUUCACAUGUUUGUAGCAAAUGAUGAAUGUCAUCCACAGAGGGAGGAGAUUAGUCGCAAGUGGGUAGAGAUUUAUGCAAAGAUCAAGGAGUUGGGAUAUGUGCCAGACACCAGCCAUGUAGUAGUCCAUGUAGAUCAACAGGAGAGGGAAGUGAAUUUACAGUAUCAUAGCGAGAAAAUUGCGUUGGCGUUUGCUCUUUUAAACACUCCUCCUGGUUCAACCAUACACAUAAAGAAAAACAUUCGGGUUUGUGGAGAUUGCCAUUCAGCAAUCAAGUUGGUUUCAAAGGUGGUUGAGAGGGAGAUCAUUGUGAGAGAUACAAACCGGUUCCACCAUUUUAGGGAUGGUUCUUGUUCUUGCGGGGAUUAUUGGUAG